AAUUACUAAUUACUCAAGUUUAAAGAGUCUGGAUCAAUAAACAAAUUUUAUGGAUUCAGAGUUGGUUUUAAAAAUUUCAAAGUUGAAUCAAUUAAAUGGUCACGAAAAAAAAAGUUCAUUAUCGUUAAUCAAUGAAUCAGCUGAUCCAUAAUCAAGAGAAUUGAUUCCAAUUCCAAUUAAAUCAACUUCAUCUUUCAAUGUUUAUUUUACAUUACUAAUGUUGAGACUAUUUAAUCAACAAUAACAACGAACUGAUGUUUACUUUUGAUUUGUGAUGAUAAUCAGAUGAUUGAAUUUAAAAUUCAACAAGUUUUAGUGAUAUUUUCCCGAUCCAAACCAAAAAAAAAUUCCAUAAACGGGUAACACUCGCGAUUCUCCCCAAAGACUUUCGAGACAAUUCUUGCCCUGGCAUAGAGAACCCACGUGACAUCGUGGGCUAAAGUUCAAAACUGACCAUUGGGCAACUGAUCAAAUCCAAAAAUUGGUAACUUCUCUUGACGCUGAAUAGCAGCGGCUUCGUUGCCAAUGGUAACGACUUUGCGCUUCUUUCAAAUUUUUGCGUUUCUCUUUCAUUUCUUUCCUUUCUCUCUCUCUCUCUCUCCUUUGCCUCAUACACGCGCUCAGUCAUUACUGUUUUUGUAGAAUUAUCAGUUUAUUCAUACGUUGACAAUUAGAGAUAAUCAAAAGAAAAGGUGAAGGAGGAGCUCAGAGGGAACUCAUAUGAUAAUGUAAAUUGAUUUUCUCUGAAAAAAUUCAAGGUUUUUUGGUGAAAAAAGGUGGAGAAUUUGAUUGUGAACAUUUAGUUUAUUAGUUGAUUUCUUUUUCACAGAAAUUGUUUAUAAUCUAAUUUAAUCAGGGCCAAUAAGUCCAACGAAUUGUUACUUUAAAAUUGUUCGAAUCUUUUUUUUUUCUCUCCCCUUUUUCAGAGCUUCUUCUUAAUCAUUCCAAAUGAUUUAUCUCCCAUUCUAAAGUAUCUCUCAUGUUAAUUAACCCCCACCAGUGUCAUCAUCAAGUCUAAUUAAUCGUCACAAUUACAAUUAUCACCAUCACAAUUAGUUGAAGUCAGUAUUUGAUCAACUUGCUGCUUCUUCAGUUUGACUCAUUCUCAAAUAGACUUGAUUAAUUGUACAUUACUUUUUUAUUGUUGUUAUUGAUUUAUAAUCGAUUGAAUAACUAAUUGUUGACUGUUCCUGUUUCUAAUUGUUAUAAAAAUGAAUAACAAAAAGAUUUUAAUUGUUGUUGGGACUAUUGUAUGUGCUACAAUAUUUGUCAUUGUUUUGUCCAUCUUUUUAACUGGUUCAUAUUUUGGUGACCAAGAUGAACCUCCAAAGUUAAUUGUCAUCUCUUUCGAUGGGUUUAGAGCUGAUUACGUUUCUCCGACCUUAACUCCGACCCUUUGGUCACUCAAACAAACGGGAGUGACCGGUAGGAUGUUCCCUCAGUUCAUAAGUAAAACUUUUCCCAAUCAUUUCUCAAUAGCCACUGGACUUUACGAGGAAUCUCAUGGAAUCGUUGCCAAUAAUAUGUACGAUCCUGAGUUGAAUUUAACAUUUGACCUCUCCCAUAGCACUCAAGUUUGGUGGGACAAUGGGUACUCAUUACCUCUUUGGAUAGCAAAUCAGAAAAUGGGUAAUCGCAAGAGUGGAGCGAUCAUGUGGCCUGGAUGUGGGUUCACCUUUGGUGGUGAUCGAGCAUUUUACUCAGUUGAAUUCAACCGAUCAAUUGAUAUGAAGGGUCGAGUUGAUAUUCUCAUGAAUUGGUUUACCGAUAAAACUAAUCCUGCUAAUCUUGUUUUCCUUUAUAUUGAAAAUCCCGAUGAAACUGCUCACAAACAUGGACCCUUUGGAAAUGAAACUUUGGCCCAGGUUCGAAUGGCCGAUGAAGCGGUAGCCUAUUUAUUGGAAAAUUUAGAUAAUCACAAUUUAACCUCAUCAACCAAUAUCAUCUUGGUUAGUGAUCAUGGUAUGGAAGAGUUUAAAUCAACCACUACCGUUAAUUUAACCGAAUUGGUUCCUGAUCAAACUUCAUUCCAACAAUUUGGUGGAUCUCAAGCAAUUAGUAUUCUACCUAAUCCUGGAGUAGAAGAUCAAGUUUACCAAAUGUUCAACACUCUUGGUAAAACUAAUCAUUUCAGAGUUUACAAGCGAGAUGAGAUUCCCGAGGAAUAUCAUUACAGAGAUAAUAUAAGAAUCCAACCAAUUCUAUUGGAGGCUGAACCAGGCUAUGAAAUAGCGUUCAGUUCCUGGAAACAUCCUGAUUCCAUGUGGGGUAAUCAUGGUAAUAAUAAUACUCAACCGGAAAUGGAAGCGCUUUUUAUUGCCUCAGGCCCUCAAUUCAAAGAUUCAUUCAAUUUAAAUGGAACCUCAUUUUUCAACAUUGAUCUUUAUCCAAUUAUGGUUGAUAUACUCAACCUCAAUGUUGGUAAUUACAAAUGCAAUGGAACUGAUUUAAUUACGAGAAAUUUACUUGCUGAACUUUAAAUUAUUAGUAAAAUUGUGUAAUUGCAUUUAUUAAACUAUUCUUUCAUGUAUUAGAACAAUUGAAUUUUAAUUCAAAUUAUCAAAGAAAA